AUGUUCGAUUUUCUCGUGGACCGUCUCUUAAUAUUAUAUGAACAAGAUUUAUGGAUAUUUCAACCAAGUUCAAAUGCAAAUUUAAUAACAUCAAUACAACGUCGUGGUUAUUUAUCAUUAACAACAAAUACAAAAGAUUUAUUUAUGCUUGAUAUUGAUGGUACUAUUGAACAACGAUCAAUUAUAUCAUGGACAUUUCUUCGACGUUAUUCAAAACAACAUUUAUUAAAUGAUUAUAUUAAUGAUCAAUUAUUAUCAAUACGUUUUCAUUCAAUUGAAUAUACAAUAUUAAUUGCAAUUAUACGUACAACAAAUAAUCGUCGAUGUUUAAUGAUAUAUAAACAUUAU